AUGGUCAUCCCAAUACCCAACGAUAUAUUCCAGUACUCAGUCCCCUCCGCGCCGUUCUCAGGGCUGCAAGACGCAGGCCCCACCGCCAGCGCCCUCACCAACCACGGUACAUACGGCAUCGGGAUCUUCUGCCCCAACAGCAACGCCAAUGCCAACAGCGGUCAUGAAAACGCAGGAAACGACACGCUAAUCCUGCUCGACUCGACCGCUUACCGCGUCAGUGGUGGCGGUGGUAGUGGUGGCAAGAAAGGCGCUGUCUCAGUAGCGGCGCCCGAAGCAGGCCUCCCCUUCGCGAUGGUCACGCCGUUCGCACCCACCUGCCGCAGCGCUAUCAACGGGUUAAAUGGGAUCGAGGCGCUGGAAAACGAGUUCAAAGAGAUGCCGAACUCGUAUGUUUCGUUUCGGAUUAAGGCGAGGUUCGAGAGCGUGCUGCUGGAGCGGGACGACGGCGAGGUCGUGCGAGAUGUAGAGGGGACGAUUUUUGGGUUUGCGGUCCCGGUUUGGGCGGCGCCGGUUAGUGGGAAGGGCGACCCUGGUUUAUGA